GUUUCGGUUUGUUCGGUUUCCUUUUCAGUUUGUAAAAUCGCAUCGGACGGCACGGCUCUCGGCACGGAACGGAACGCGCGCGCAGUGAUCGGCAUCGGCAUCGGCAUACAGAAACACAGAGUGUUGGUGGUGGUGUGUCGGAAAACGGCAGUGAGAACCGAGUCCCGUACCCCCCGAAUAGAAAGCCCCAGUGCCCGACGAAGUAGGAGCGACACGGGCGGGGAGCGUGUGUGGUGUAGUGUAGUGUGUAGUAGUGUAAUUCUCUCACCUAAUUUUGUAGCUGUUGUUCCCAUUUUUGAACAAAGCCCUGAUUUGGUUUCGGAACGAAGUAAUAUAGCUAUAGCAGUAAUGUUUUGCCGCAGAGAGCAUCGAGGAGGUCCAGGACCCAGCCAAUAGCGCCAUGUCGUCCCAUCGCUACCCAACCCAGUGAGUACUUCAACGCCCUGAAGCGUCGCAUGGCUGCCAUGGUGUGGGUCUCCUAACAUCCAGUUGAUACAUUUUCAAGUGCACAUGAGGUAGAUCGAGAGCGGGAGAUCGAGUGACUGAGUCGCUGGUUCCCAGCGGUAGGACCAUCGAGUGGUGGGUGUGAGGACGGAACUGCAACAGAACCGUGGAGAGGAGAGAGGACCGGGGGAGACAUUCAGGUUUGAAACCACAAAACGAGCACAAAGCACAAAACCUUCACCGAACACCCACAAAACAGAAGAGCAGCCACAAGAAUACCCUCCACACACAUCAAUACAUCAACGAAAAACACCCACGAACACCCACUAUACACACACACCUAGAAAUUGAAUGAAAAACACUUUGAAUCAUGACUUAUAUACCGAAAAAAAUGCACUAUACGCAAGCAGCCAUGAACCUGAUCAACAUGGACUCGGAGAAUCGGGUGGUGCUGAAUGUCGGCGGUAUACGGCACGAGACAUACAAGGCCACAUUGAAGAAGAUUCCAGCGACGCGACUGUCGCGCCUCACGGAAGCCCUGGCCAACUAUGAUCCGAUAUUGAAUGAGUACUUCUUUGAUCGGCAUCCGGGCGUAUUCGCACAAGUGCUCAACUAUUACAGAACUGGCAAACUGCAUUAUCCCACAGAUGUGUGUGGACCGCUGUUUGAAGAGGAAUUGGAAUUCUGGGGUCUAGACUCGAAUCAGGUAGAGCCCUGCUGUUGGAUGACCUAUACACAGCAUCGCGACACACAGGAAACCCUGGCCGUAUUGGAUCGUCUAGAUCUGGAUACGGAAAAACCGUCCGAAGAGGAAUUGGCACGUAAAUUUGGCUUCGAAGAGGACUACUACAAAGGCACCAUAUCCUGGUGGCAGGAAAUGAAGCCGCGCAUUUGGUCCCUGUUCGAUGAGCCGUACAGUUCCAAUGCCGCCAAGACCAUUGGCAUUGUUUCGGUAUUUUUUAUAUGCAUUUCGAUAUUGUCAUUCUGCCUGAAAACCCAUCCCGACAUGAGGGUACCCAUAGUGCGCAAGGUGACCGUUCGAACGGCGAAUGGUAGCACAGCCUGGGUCCUGGACAAGCCACAAACCAAUGCGCAUAUAGCCUUUUUUUAUAUCGAAUGCGUUUGCAAUGCCUGGUUUACAUUUGAGAUAUUGGUACGCUUUAUCUCAUCGCCGAAUAAGUGUGAAUUCAUCAAGUCAUCUGUUAACAUCAUAGACUAUAUAGCAACGCUUAGUUUUUAUGUCGAUCUUGUGCUUCAGCGAUUCGCAUCGCACUUGGAGAACGCUGACAUACUGGAGUUCUUCUCGAUCAUACGCAUCAUGCGUCUGUUUAAGCUGACGCGCCACUCGUCCGGCCUGAAGAUCCUCAUCCAAACGUUCCGUGCCUCGGCGAAGGAAUUAACACUGCUGGUGUUCUUCCUCGUCCUUGGUAUUGUGAUCUUCGCCAGCUUGGUGUACUAUGCCGAGCGCAUACAACCGAAUCCGCACAACGACUUCAACAGCAUACCGCUCGGCCUGUGGUGGGCUCUGGUAACGAUGACCACCGUGGGGUAUGGCGAUAUGGCGCCAAAAACAUACAUCGGCAUGUUCGUGGGCGCCCUGUGCGCCCUGGCCGGUGUACUAACCAUUGCACUGCCAGUGCCCGUUAUAGUUAGCAACUUUGCGAUGUACUAUUCACACACGCAGGCGCGCGCGAAACUGCCAAAGAAGCGUAGACGAGUGCUUCCCGUGGAACAGCCGCGACAGGCGCGAAUACCAGGGGCCCCUGGCGGUGUCAGUGGUUGCGGCACACCGGGCUCGGGGCCACAUUCGGGACCCAUGGGCUCUGGCGGCACUGGGCCGCGUCGCAUGAACAAUAAAACCAAGGAUCUGGUCAGUCCCAAAUCAGUUGCUCAACUCUUCGCAGGUCCACUGGGCGCCAGCAUCGUGGCCAUGAGUCCGCGCACAAUGCUCGACUUGAAUCCGGCCCUGGCCAUGGGCAAGCCCUCAUUUCAGCCCCGAUUCCCCACCCAGCUUGCAGCCACACCAUCACCCUUGGCCAGCACCAUCGGCAGCCACGGCGGUGCAGCCACAGCAGCGGGAGUUGGAGCUACCACAACCACCAUAGUGGCACCCAUUGUGCCACCAACCAUUGCGGUCUCCACCACCGCAAGUGUGGGCAAGGACAGCGGAAUAUCCACCACCACCACGACAGCUACAGCUACAGCAGGCAACAUCAACCUGGAGACCAGCAAGAAGGCCUUUCUGUAAAGGCAAAAGGCAGCCAAGGCUCAAAGGCCCACUCAAUGAUCCUCUAUCCACCAUCUCUAAGCAAUAUCUAAUCGAAAUCUAAGGCUAUCCUUCGCAUACGUAUUGUCUAACUAUCCCAGAGUAUUCAGAGAUCGAAAACGAAUCAUCUUUGGACACCAAAUCAUAUCAUGUUUCAGUCUGUCAACAGAAAGUAAUGUUUCAGUCAAGACAUAUCGGCUAUUCGCUUGGGUUCUCAUACAACUACGAUCUUUAGUUUCUCACUCAGAAAACAGGAUCUAAGAAGCGCAGAAAUUAGAGAUAUUUAUUUAGAGAUCCUAGAUCAUACUUUUGUUUCUUCAUACGAGGUCUCAAAUCUAUUGAAAAAGAACCAAAUCAAAUCUAAGCAGCAAUACAUGAUCGUAGAUCAUCAUUAUAUUUCGUCUAGUAAAUUUUCAGAUGAAUCAUAGAUCAUCUUUAUUUCGCUCAGAUAAACUUCUAAUUGUAAACCUUCUUCAUACCCAUGAAUAUCGGAUCUUAUACAUAACCCCCUCCCAAAACUAUAUAUACAUAGAUAAUACAACAAACAAAUUGCUUGACAAAAAACCAAGACAAAGCCGACAAAGCAUAAGUUCUACUCCCCAAAUAAACGCUUAAAACUUGACUAUUUUUUACACAAGCCAUAGAGAUAAUAGUGAGAAGAAUGUAUAUAAACAAAACUUAGAUGCUUUAUAACUCGGUUUGCCAGUUCCUUAUGCGUUGUGUAAAGACUCUGCUGCCGCAAGUGUGGCAUGUGGCAGUUGUGGUUUGAAAGCUUUAAGUUCAUCUAAAAUGCAGUUAGCGACGCUUUGCGCCAUCGCCUAAUUAAACAGCAAAACCUAAAAACUAAUAAAAACCAAUCAAAAGUACACUCAUGCUUCAUUCAAGUCUCAGGCACGUGUUAACUUUAACUUUUGCUCCUACACCACCCCCGCCCAGAAAAUAAACUAUAUAAAUAUAUGGAGCGAAGGUGUACGCGAAAUUCGUCUUCAUUUUCAUUGUUGGCUUCAAUCAAAACAAACGAAAAACGCAAAACUUUUCCUGGCAGAGUACUUGAGAAGUUGAGAAAAACAAACGAAAUUUUCCAGAAGUUGGCACUUUUUUGCUCAUCAUUCACUCAGCAGAGACUAACAUGCGGGAUUACUUGGGGGAGCAAAAUCGCUGCAAUUAUUCUCUGAGGGAAACAGAACAGAACUCCAGGUGUUUCCAGCAAAUAUGGGAGAGGAUUUUGGGUAUUUUUCCACGAGUUUAAAUGCAAAUAAUAGCUUCCUGAUUCAAGCAAAGAAAGUAUGCAGAAAAUUUGCCACUUUUUCCCACUUCACAAAUUGCUAUACAAAAAUACUUUGCCCCAGGUUUUUUGCUUUGAUUUUACAAGUACUCUAUUCAUUAGCUAAUUCUCUUGUACAUUUUGAAUAUAGUAUCUCUCGGCGAUCAUUACGCCUUCAUCUACAUCUACACAUUAAGCAUAAGAACGA